UUAUGAUGGAACGAUCAUAUGUGAAGUUGAAUUGAUGCGUUCAUUUUUUUUAUAUUAUUAUAUUGCUUUGCUUUUCUAGUAUUGUCAAUAUUUUGGAAAUAUAAUAAUUUUGUAUCUAUUUAUUUAAGAUGUCAAAGUGUUCGGUCUGAAAAGGAAAUACUUCUUUUACAGUUUGUAGAUGGAGUGAAGAUGUCAAAACAUGCCCAAAUUUUCUGUGAUUGAUGCGCCUAAAACACACCCCAAUCCUGAAGUUACAAAUUUUGCCUGUUUCAUGUGCCUUGUAAUUUGUAUUGUACCACAUGCAAUAGGAAAUAGUUAAGAAUAUAUUUGAUGUUACUUACUAAAAGAUUUAUUAUCUAGGAGUUAAAGCAAUGAGAUAUUGUGUUUUAUUGCACCAAAGAUUAUAUAAGAUAGAUGUGAUUUCUAUUUUGAAUGGGUUUGAUUAUAUCAGAGAACAAAUAAUACUGUGUAAGUGAAGAUUGAGAAACCUUAUCUUUUAAAAUAGUUUUAAAAGAAAAUGCCUGUUAGCAAAUUGUAAUUUUCAGUAUAAGAUUUUGUUUACAAUCAACCAACAAACUUUUCAAUAUUGGCAGUGAAAGAUAUAUUACCAUGGUACCAUCACAGUUCUUGAGUGUGGUUUUGGAAGAAGAUAAUGGUUCUGGUUCUGAUGAAGAAACACAUUCAUAUUCUCACCAACCUACAUGGCAAAACCAGUAUGCAGUCAGGAGUAAUAACUCCAUCUCUGAUCAAGAAAUGUGGAACUUAACAAAAAAUCUUCCUAAGGCACUCUUGGCUGAAUGCACUGUUGAAAUAUCACGAACGCCAGUCAACCCGAGUGAAAAACCAAGGAAGCUUUGUUUUGAUGCAAGAGUUUCACCUGUUUUCAAUAGACCCCAGACCCCAGCGAUGCCGCCAAUGAGAGCUAAUGUGCCUUUACCCCAGUAUCUCCCUCCUCCACCUCAGCUAUUGCACAGAUCUGAGUGGAUCGAAGAGAGAAUGGAUGUUCAAGAUCUGCUUACUGGAGUUGAAGCUGUCUAUUCUGACAAUGAAUCUGGUGAAGAAUAUGAAGAAGCAGCUUCUGUCAGUAUAUUUCCUAUUACAGUGACUAAAGUUGAAAAACCAAAACCUGAAAAAGUAAAGAAGCAAGACUUAAACAGGUUCAGCUACCCUUGUGAACAUUGUCCCAAUGUUUACUCUAACCGGGGAGCUCUCUGGCAGCAUUCUGUUGCAACACACUCUGUUGAAAAAACAUGUGAAUGUAAAAUCUGUGGUAGAAAAUUUUAUCGUAAUUGUAGUUUAGCAUUGCAUCUCAAGAGCCAUUCUGAGGAGGAAUAUUGUCAAUGUAAAGAAUGUGGUAAGUCGUUUAACAGGUUAGCCAACUUGGAGAGACAUAUGAAAGUACACACCGAAGCAGAGCAGUUCCCUUGUCCUAGUUGUGAUAAGGUAUUCAGGGACAAAGCCAACCUCCUGCGCCAUGCAGUAGUCCAUGCAGCUCCUAAGAUGUUCCAAUGUGAGAUCUGCAACAAGUCGUACAAGAGCCAGGAUCAUCUAGACGUUCACUUCCAAAGUACUCAUGCUCACACGGAAACUUCUCUUGCCUGUUCAACUUGUGGUGAUGUUUUCAAGAGUUUUGCUGAGUUGAUGCAACAUGAUGCGACCCACACGGCAGAAAAACCUCAUCUGUGUAAGAUGUGUGGAUUAACUUUCACAGACAAAAACAUUUUGCGAAAGCACAUGAUGAGUCAUACGGGUGUGCGGUUGACUUGCACAACUUGCGGCAUUGACUUUACCCAGAAGUCAUCACUUCUCAGGCAUGUGAAGCGGAUGCAUCCACAAGACGGUGAUGACUCACUAGAUCCCUCCCUACUGCUUGACGAUCAGAACUCUGGCUUGGACACUCGUGAGGGGUCGUCUGAUAACAGUUCUGUUCAGGACAUGGAUCAAGAAGAGGCUGAAAACGGUUCGACCUCCACAGUAGAGAUAAGGAAAGCACUUGGAUCCCCGAUUAAAUCUGGUGGGAUAAACUUGAUUGAGCAACAUAAAAUAAUUGACAGUCAGAUGACUAUUGUUGAAAAUCACAAAAUAAAAGUUGACAGAAAUGAAGUGAAACCCAUAUCUGUGAUGAAUAAUAAUGUUCAUGUGAACUUAAAACCAAAAAUUAAAUCCUCAACAGAUACUUCAUGUAAAGAAAUGCUAAAAGUAGAGGAAGUAACUAGUGAAGAAAACUCUAUAAAUACAAAUUCAACUAAUGUGAAAGAGGAAAGAGUUACUGAAGAAAAAGAUCAAGCCAAACCUAAUAACAAUGUUAUUGAAGAUUCAGUUCUAUCUUUAGAGCUCAAGCAGCAGACAAAAUCUGACAUAUCUGAUCCGCUUUCUUCUGUGGAUAUCAAUAUAAUGCAUACACCAGUUGUAAAACUGGAAACUUGACUUUCAUUCAUUUGUUAAAAUAAUUAAACAAAUUAAGUUAUUAGUAUGGAAGGAAAGCAAAAUGUAAGUUAUACGUACAGUAGAGAUAUUCAGUUCUGUUUUUAGUAAGAACUUUUAUAUUGAUCGCGUAAGUUGUUUUUCAUGUAGUUGACAAAAUUUAUCUUAUAGGUAUGCGUGAUUAGAUUUUCUAUUUUAGAAAAUAUUUUUUUAAUGCUUGCACAAGCUAAUGCACUAUUUAGGUGUAAUUUUCCGUUACUGCAUGACUAUUAUUUUUAAGAUAUAACGUAAAGAUUUAACUUAUUUUUAGCAUUAUCAUAGAUGGUAUGGUAUAGUACCAUUUUGAUUAAUAAUGAUUUACAGUAUUUAUUUGCUUUAUUGUUUUGUUUGUUUUCUCAUUUGAUAUUUUGCUGAAAAACUUAUGACAUGACAUUAAAUUAGCUUUCAUAAGCUAAUACACAUUGUAUUCAGUUUAGUGUACUGUAUUAUUAGAUAAAUAAUGUUAUUUAUUUAAUUGCCUAAGUUAAGUUAGUUAUUAAUUAAUUGUUCUUAUAUGUUUUACAGUAGUGGCCUACUGAUCUCUUUUUCCAAAAAGAAAAUAUUUAUUAUGUAUUAUUUAUUAAGUUAAGACAUCAUUUUACAGAUAAUUGACUGGUAUUUUAAAACAUGGCUAAGUAUUGAGGAAAAGGAUUAAAAAUUUGUAGUGUGUAAUUGUAAGCACUGAUGCAAAUGUUAUAAUUAAUAAAAACAGUGAAAUAAUCUGUUGAUUUUAGAUAGUUACUAAACAGUAAUGAAUCUAACCCUUUGAGCAUAGGAUAAAUUAAAAUUUGAUUAUAAUGUGACAAAAAGGAAAUAAUAUACAAAGUGGUGUUUAACCCUUUGAAUGCCAGUGUCUGUGACAGACGAUUCAUGUUUCAAUAAUAUUCAAUGUUUUAAUUUUUAAACUAUUGAUAUAAGGGAGUUUUGUAUUGUUUUUCUUCCUCUUCUGUCUGUGGAUAUCUGUGUCAUUGUGACAUAAGUUUGGUCUUGAGAGUUGAUGAGUAGUGGUCAAAUCUAGUAUCAAUCCCUAGUAUGUUUAUACUGAGUUUAUCAUAAUCUACAAUGUUUUGAGGACCGUGUUUUUGUAUAAACAAGCGUAAAGAGGUUAUAUUACUAUUAUUGCUACUUUUUGUUGCACAAAAACACUGCAGCUUUUUUUGGGCAUUGUUUUUAUUGUGUGUAUUGUAUUUGCAGUAAUGUACCAUUUUACUGUAGGAAUGAAUAAAAAAAAACUUUGCCAAUGAUGAUAAUCUUCUGUUACAAGUAGAUGAAAGUGUAAAUUCUUUAUUUUUCGUCAGCAGUAAUCUGGCAUGGAAAUUACAGGCAAUCAAGAAGGUGAAAUGAUGUAAAAUUUUCAGAGGAUGAACAAAACUAAGAUUUGUUGAAGAGUAAAAAUCAAUUAUGCACAUAACUAUUCUUGCAUGAUAUUUUAUUAAAAAUUAAAAAAAUUUUGUCCAUAAAGAUUUUUUAUGUCCGGUUGACAAUAAACAGGAUAGGAGUAGGUGUGGCAUAACAGGCUUCACUGAAAUUGCCUGCAAAAUUUCAAAUAUGUAGCUAAUUUAAUUCAAGAUAUCGUUAGACAGACAAAAUUAAAAUCUUUCCUGUGCCUUAAGUGAUAGGCUUCGCUAACUCUCAGUCUAUAAAUAUGUUUAUAAUCAUAUACAUUAUGGUCUCCAAACCAUUUUCAAUAAAUUUAUGAUAAAAAAAUGUAGGUCAGUUGAACUUUCGUGUAAUAACCUUUUUUCAAACUCUUGCAUUUUGGAGUAUUUUACCUUGUAACAACACUGUAUUAUGUUUUAAUGUGAAGUAUAUAUGAAACAUGGUUUGUUUUUUACCUUUCCUAUGGUACAGUAUAAAAAAUAUAGGAUAAACACAAAAUUGGUUCAAACUUAAAUUUAUAAAAAAGAAAGAAAUAUUUUCAAUACAUAAAAAACAUUAUUCUGAAUUAAGUGUUAUUUAAACAUGUGUCAUAUUCUUCACAAAAUUACCAAAAUAGCAAACAAAUUUAUAAAAAUCUAUAUGCUUGCAGAUUUACAAAAUAUGGCCCUUCAUUUUAUGUAUGACUGAAAAAUGGCUGUGGCACUCAAAGGGUUAAUUUACAAAAAAAAACCCAGAAAACUUUAGAAUAUAUUAUGUCUACAAAUUUCUUAACAUUUACAUUAAUGAUGUGUUGUAUACUAGUAAAAAAUAUUUAGCAAAAUUAUGCAAGUCUAAAAUAUAUAUAUAUUUAUAAAUAUCAGUAUCAGUAGUGGAAUUCUUCUGUUAACAAAGUUUGUGAAAAAAAACCGAUUUAGGUAUAUUUUUAUAUUUGAUGGCUUCUUUUUUUUGAAUGAACAGUUAAACACAAUACUAUUGCUUAUCAGAAUGUGUUUUGAUUUUGUUUUAGCAGAUCAUGUAAUCUGUUCCUCAGAUAGGAACAAAAUUAAUUCAAUAAUAAACCAUUCAAAUAGUAGACUUAAACUUUUAACAGCAUAAUGAAUAUAGUACUUUUGUUUAUACACCACAAAUGUAAUCAUCCAAACUUGAUAUAACUAAUUGACCAAGGACAGUUGACUAAAUUUUAAGACAAACCCAAAUUUUGGAAUUAUAUGCGAGUUCUCUUCUAAGGUUUAUAUGUCUUUCUUUCAUUCACAGAGUGUGUUAAAUAAACCGUUUUGGGCAUUGCAUCUUGUCCACAUUUUUUAACAGUAUUUCAUUAGUGCUAAAAAUGGCGCACGCCAUAUUGUGGUAAAUUGGGUCAUCACCUUGUGCAAAAAAUGAGCAAUUUGUGUUGUUGAAAUUAGGUUGAAUAAAAUCAGUACAGAGCAUUUUAAAAGCCAAAAAUAAUGACAGUAUUUUUAGUAAUCAUAUUUAUUAAGUUUUAUUAUAUGCAAAGGCAAUUCUAAUUCCCUUGUUGUAGAAAUAGAUAAUAAUUCAAAAAAUGUGAGAUAGCAGGAUACAGAAGUUCAUAAACAAAGACAAUUCCUUGAAAGAAUACUUACAAUCGGUUAAAAUGCACUAAUUAUUUAUAAUGUUCUACAUUUAAACAUCACCCAAACAAUAUAAUAAUUAUUAAAGAAAUAUAAUUAUUUUACCAACUCUUGAAACAAUAUUUAAAGUAUUUUAUUGCGUUAAAAAUGUUUUAGAAUAUUUUAAUUCUUGAAUUUUAUUUCAAAGCCAUGUGAAAUCGUCUAAGCAUCAAUGAAAAGUUCAGUAUGGAAGGCAUGCUGACAUGGACAGUCACUUAGCAUUCAAUUAGUAUUAAUUAUAUUUAAUAUUUAGGAUGUAACUAUUUCAGAGAGUAUACACAUGGGUAUUGGUGGCUAGAAUUAAUUUGUUAUCAUCAAAUCUCUUUUUCCUUGUAGGCAGAUUAAAUUCAGUGAAUUUGUUAUGUAUCUCCAACUCAAAGGUGAUGUCACAACUGAAUUAAAUGCUUCCAAUUAACUUUAGUUUUUUACGUUGUUUUGGGUAAAUAGAUGUACAAUUUCGCUCAAGUCCUUACCUAAAAUUGAAAAAUUUGAAAAUAGAAGGUGGCGUCAUGUUCCAUACAACUCCAACCAUUGCUGCUAAAGAAAUGGUGUGAUAAAUUUGAUUAAUUUCCAAUUAGUUCAAUCUUCACUCUGUUUCCAUUUUAUACUACCAGUUGUUUUAUAACAUUUCUUAAAAAGCAAAACAAUUAUGAAAGGAGUUCCUAUUGCAAAAUUAAUGAAGCAUCUUAAGCUGAAAAUGAGCCCUUGUAUUUGAUGUUUAUAUUGUAUUCUUUCUAUUUGCGUCACGAUUUUUCUGUUCUAAUUUUGUAAGAUGAAUUAACACGUUUGCUUCGGUUAACUCACUGUCACACGUAUCUUGUGUGAUGUCAACCUUGCCAGUCACGGUGCUAAGAUAGUAGUAGCUUUCUGUUGAGUUACAAACUUGCAUAAGCUCUCUGGUCUGUCUUUCUGUAUGUCAACUAGUGUUGUGAGGUGCUGCUAUCUUUUAGUACACUCCAAAAACAGUUCCUUAUCUGUUAUCUAGUUCAAUUAGCAUGUUUAGAAUCAAGAUGUAUCUAUAUAUCAGACAAUUAUUACUAACUGUUCUUAACAUGCUAUUUAUGCGAUUGAAUCGUUUGGAUAACAACACUAGAACAAAAUAUAGAGUUCCACUACUUAUGAUAUUUUUCGAGCUCAAAUGAGAUUUUAGUACUGUCAUUUUAUAAAAAAUUUAAUUUUUUAAAAUGUUUUCUCACAGGCACAAGAUACUCUAUACAGUCCUGUCAUGUUAAUGUAAAUGUUUAAUUUCAUCCAUACACUUUCCAGCCUAUUGAAUAAAAAUAACCACAAUAUAAUAAAAGUUAUGAGUAUGAGUUAAGCAAUGUAUCGAAUACAUUACCAUACACUUUACCACGGUUUAAUUACAAAAUUAAGUCAUUAUACAACUCACAAACUACAAAGCGUUAAACAUUCAUAAAUUUAAGUGGCCAAGUAAAAACGGGUUUGCAUUCCUUGUUUAAAUCCAUUAUUGGCAGUGAAUGAUUUAGAUAACAUUACUGUUAUGGAUGUUAGUGUAGUUAUGUGUUCAAAAGUUGCCUAACGUAAUACUUCAUAUUGAAGUAGAUAUCAGAUAACAAGUGUUCUUGCUCUGUAAGUGUAACGUGUUCUCGAUGUUGAAAGUCUGUAUAACUUUCCCCCUUAAUCUUAAUUUUUGUUUCUAGAAGAAACUUAAAUAUUAAAAUAAACCAAGAUGUAACUGUAUAUGUUGUAAACCAUCAUGAUUCAGUCUAAAUUUCUGCAUAAGUUAAUUAUAUUUAAAUGCUAACAAUUUAUAAAAUUUAAAACAAUUCCAAAAAGAAACUUAAUUAUUUUUUUAUAAUCAUAAAUUUUUGGGUUUGUCCAAUGACUUUUUUCUAAAAUAUAUAUAGUGAAUAAUUGACACCACUACUAGUUUAAUUAAUAAUUUAGGAUUGUUUAUGUAAUUAUAAGAUACAUAAUUUAGUCCUCAGAUAAAAAUUUUUAAGAAAGGAUUGUUUUACUAUUAGUUUAUCAUUUUCUCUGAACUUAUAUUGAAAUAGCAUAUACAGUAGCUUUAAUUUUGUUAAAAUAAUAACUUAUGCUUAAGUGUGAGUAAAUAAAAUCUCAAUCAUGUUUUAAAGCACACCCUUUAUCAUGGUUUUCUUCAGAUAACUUUGUGGUGCUUGAAAUAGAUGUAAGCAUUUUAAAAUGUUGUUGAAAUAUUAAUAUUUUAUGUACAGAAUAUUACAGUGCUUUAAAUACUACAUAAAUUAAAUAGGGUUGGUUUGUUAUUUAGUUAUUAUUUUAUUCUUGUUUAGUCAUUUAAUACUUUUAUUUCAUGUAGAGUUAAUUGAUUGAUUGUAAUGAAACUAUAUUUAUAUUGUUUUGGGAAAGAUGCAUUUCAUGAUAUUGUGACUACUUUCUAAGACAACUACUUAUUAAAUUAACUUCUUUAGACACAUUUUCUUUAUGAGUUCCUAAUUAUUUUUAAUAUUUUAUCUUCCAUUUAGUAGAAUUCUGUUUUAAGAAUACAUUUAUGCAAUGCUGUAUUGUGAAGACAUGUUGUAUAAUUUUUCAUGAACAACUCAAUAAUCUUUUUGAGUAGAUACUACAGUUAAUUUUAAUAAUUAAUUUUCCUUGAUUUCAAUAUUAAUUGUUCUAACUACUUGUUUUGUUGCAUGCUAUUGAUUUAUUACUCAAGAAUUUUGUCUUUCUUUGUUCUUUGAUUACUUAAUUAUAUAGAUAGACAAUGCAACAAAAUAAUUUGUGUUACAUUAAAGAUUAUAUAUUAAAAAUAUAUUUUUAUUUUAAACCACUCUUCAAAAUAUAUGACAGAUUAUUUGUUGUGUAGUUACUUUGUUUUGAUUAAUAGUUGCUUAUUUCUGCAUGAAGUAUCUUAUAAACAUAUUUAAUGUUCAUAUUUUUUCUAUAGCUUGCAACUAUAGAUAUACUUUGUUUAGUAAUCAAGCAUUGGUAUCUUUUUUCAAUUAAAUUUUAAUGUAUUAUUUGUAAAUGCAUUUUGAAGUUUACAAAUAAUAUUAGUACUUGUGUACACUCGGUUUUUAAUUUGGUAGAGGAAUGUUUCUCUCUAUGAAGGUGCUCUUAAGGUAACAUUUAGUGAGGUUUGUAAAUAUUUGCCUUAUAAAAAAGCUUUAAAUUUAGUGCACUUAAAAUUGAAUGAAACAAAUUGUAUGGGUUUUAAACUUUCUUAAGACUUCCACAUUAUACAAUGAUGAUAAUUUAAGCUUAGUCAUCACAUAGGGCAGCUAGCUGUCACAAAUAAGAAUAAUACAGUUUCUAAGGUCUAUUGUUUUAAGUAUGCAAGUAUUAUUUAUUGUUUUAGAGACUUGUAAAUAUCAGCACUCGUAUUUUGUGGUAAAAUUUGAAUAUUUUUGUAUUGGUCAAUGGUGCCUUUUCUACUUAAUGCAGUACUAUAUAAUAAGUAAUUUACGUACUUUCUUGUAAAUUUGUUUUCUUGAAAGAAACCAAUUUUAUGAUAUUUUUAUUUUAUAAUGUCUGUAUGUUGGUUCUGUCAACUUGUAAUAAUACAGACACCAUAAAACGUUCAGUAAAUCCUAAGUAAUGUAUAUUUGUAAAACACUCUGACAUGUAAAUUUUAUAAUAAUUUAAUUUAAAACAAUCAAGAAUGAAACAUGAUCUUUUUAUGAAAUAGUAGUUGACCUGUAGAUUCAAAGUUUUGUAAGCUUUGGUAAAUGUUUUAUUUCAGUUGGACUAAAUAGUACAUAAUAUGAUAAAUCUACCCAAAUCUUAAAGACGUACAAAAUGAACAUGACUAGAUAAACUAAUCAUGAAUUUAUAUACAAUGUCAUUCUUAGCUGAAUCUAAGUAAAACUCUGUAUUACUAACCAAACUUUUCAAUAUUAACAUAAUAAUUAUGUAUCUUUGUUAUCUGGCAAAUUAUAAUUGUAAGAAAGGAUUUUUCAUGAUACUAAUAGUAGUUUAUGAAUGAUAGACAAAGUCUACUAUAUUAAAUAAAUUAAAUAUAUUGAGUAUUAAAAUCAGCAAAUUAAUCCUCCUAUUGAUGUUAACUACUUAAUGGUUUUUGACACUAUAUUACAUUCAUAGCGAUUGCAUAACUUGUGUCCCUGAUGUAAUAUUAUGCAUUGUUAUAUUUUUCCUGUUUUAUUCUGUUCAACAUUCCUGUGACAACUGCAUGUCACGCAUGUAGUUCUGGUGUUUUAUACUAGUCGUCAGUACUUCCUUUGUCCUAUGUCAUAUGAGUGUUCAACUAUAGUGAAUUCACUAUAGUUGAACAGUGCAGACAGCUACUGAGUGUUAUUGUUGCAUGUCACCCGUCCUGGAGUAUUUUAGGUUUUAUUUCUAGUUUUUACUGUGAUGGAAAUAUCCAUCACAAACAAAGGACUGGCUUUAUUUGCGUGAUAAUGACACAGACAUUUAUAGUGAAAAUAAUUUAGUGGAAUGUAAAAAAAAAACAAACAUUUGAAUAAAAAAUAUUCAAAAUAACUUUUUUGCAUAAAAAAGUAAACAACUCUCUAAAACUAAAACUCUAAAAAUCUGUCUCUGUCUAAAUCAGCAAACCAACAUAGUUUAAGAUACAAAAAGAAAACCGUUAAGUUGUCAACAGGUCAAAUAUUUGGUUGAUUUAAAAUUCACAGGAUUGUAUGUAUGUAUUGCAUUUGUUAGAACAAAUUGAAUUUUCAAUUACACAUUUCCACCGUUACAAUGUGAUAUCACAAAAUGUGUCCAUCACAAAACUUCAGCAUAUUAAAAUUUGUUGACAAAAAAAGUCCUCUACUUUUAAUAUCCAUCUUUAAACCUUGUCCACAAAAUAUGUUGUGAAUAGUACUUGUUACAAUAGGUCCUUAGGAUCGCAGUGAUGGGGAUAUUCACUUGCCCAGUCAAAACUAAAUAUGGUAUGUUCUGAAUUUAAAAAUGUUACACUAUUUGUGAUAAAAUACCAAAAAUAUAUUUCAAUCUGGAAAUUUUUUACACGUUGGCUGUGCCAGACUUGCCAGUGCUCCAUACACUGUUACGUGAAGCCAGAAACAAUGAGUAUAUAGCCACAAAGAUUGUGUUAUCUACGUGUAAUAUAGCUAGACAGUUAUUGUACAGUAAGUCAACACAUUGACUGCAGAAUACAUAUAAUGGAUUGUUUUACAGUUUUUCUUUUUAAAAGUUAGUUUUUGUUAUGGCAAAUCAUCUUGUACAUUCCUGAAGAAAGUUAACAGUAUUUUGGAACUGUUUCUUUGUAAUCUAAAGCUUAUUCGCAUUAUAAAAUUACUAAGAUCUUUCAUUCGUUUACAUGGUUUGUGAAAUGUUGUUAUUUACAUUUGAAAUUUUUCACCUGGCGGAGCAAACAUAUUUAUAUAUCUAUAUAUAUUCAUUAAUAUGGCAAAAUAUUAAUAAUAACAAGAAAAAUUAUAUGGGAGGGAAUAAAAUGAAUUAUUUCUCUUUAUCAUUUCCCUAAUCAUUGUAAGUGAGAUAGUUUAAAUCAAAUUUAAGAAAAAAAUAAGAGCAUUAUUUUGGUUAGUAAUACAGGAUGUUUUAUAUUUAUGAAAUCUUUAUUAUUAAUAGGUAUUAAUAUUCGGUUUACUGGAAAUUUUCAAAUAGUUUUUCAUCAAUAUAUAUAAUAUAAUAAUGAUAAGUUAUAUGUUUGGGAAAGACAUUUUAAUCAGUGAUACAAACUAUGUAUUAUACUAUUUUGAUUUUUUUUUUAUCUUUCAUUUUUAUAUUUCUCAUCAAGAUUUAUCAGAAAUAUAUAACUUAUUCUUAUCAAUAGUUUUUAUCAAUCAGUUUGUAAAUGUAAUGGAUUGAAAUAUCUAGUCUUGUUUACUUUUGCAUAGUGUGUACUUGUAUGGCAAUUAAAAUAGUUCAACUGAUUAAAUAAAGUAUAAAAUAUUAAAUUGAUCAAAUUCCAAAUGAUAAGUUGGUUCGACCAACCAUAUGCUUACAGAACUUAUAACUUCUUUAUCAAGAUAGACUAUAAAAGGUUAUACAUAACCUGAAUUUUUGUAAUUUGAAUUGUUAAUUUGUAGUUUUGGCUAAUUCGUUGUUAACACAGUUUUUCUAAUGCUGCAUAGUAUCCAAACUGUUCCUUACAUACUUGUUUUGCUUAGUUAUUUCAUUGUUAAUUUUGUAUUGUAUUCCACGAGAUAUUUUACUAGUUUAGAUACAUAUUCUUUUUGUGUGGAGGGAUAUUUAUAACAAUAAAAAUUAUCAUUUUAUACAUA